CAAUCGAUAUUUAACACUAAACCAGUGUUGUUUAAUGACUGCCAUUAGUGUUGCCUAGUUUUCGAAAAUAGCACGUGUGCCGCUUUGACACAGAAAUUAGUUUUUGUGUUUAUUUUCGAAAUAAAUACACGAAAAUGACAGCUGUAGAGCCUCUCGCAAAAAAGAAGCGAAAGAUUUCUAAGAAAAACAAAUCUGCCUGGCGCAAGACCGACAUCCAGGAUGUGGAGCAGUUUUUGGAAGACCAACGACAGGAGGAGCGUAUCGGGACAUUCACGGACAAGCAAGACAAGGACCUUUUCGUGCUUGAUGCCACGCCACAAAAAACGAAACCUACGUUGCUAAGUGUUAAACAAAAGCGAAAGCUAAACGCCAAGAAACCGAUGCGAAGCUACCAGGCGCUGGAGAACACAUCCAAGGUGCAGGAUCCGAUAGCCAAGCGAAACAAAGUUAGACAGAAGAAGAACGGACGCAACAUUGAGCUGGAGGUGUGCAAUCCCACGAAGCCACGCCAUAGACAAGCCAACAGUGAUCGCGCACUUUACUAUGCAAAGUUGGAACAAAGGCUGGAGGACAAGAAGACGAAAAAGCUGGCAGUAGAGAAAGACAUUUGGCAGGAAGAAGAUUUUCGCGAUAAGAUCCCUGGCUUGAAAGACGAGAAGGGCUGGAUCAGUAGGGAUUUAGCUGUGCACGUGGCGGGAAACGUGGGAAUGAAGGUGGUCAAGACUCAUGCCAGUAUGCAUCAUAAGACUACCAAAGCCAAGAAGUUCGCUCUGCCGCAUCCAGGCAUGAGUUACAAUCCCUCGUUGCAAGACCAUCAGGAACUGCUGCAGCAGGUGGUAGAGCGCGAGGAGGGUAUCAUCAAAAAGGAGCAGCAUUUAAAGCGCGUGACUACCAGCAUGUUCUCUAAGGUUACUCCUGAGGAGCGUGACCAGCUCCGUGUACAGGAGAUGAGUCAGGGUAUGGAGGAUGAGCAGGACGAACAGGAGGAGGAUGCCAAUCCCGGCGAAGACGACAAGCCUUAUCAUACGAUUAAUGCUCCUGUGGAAAAUAAAAAGAAGAGUAAACAGGCUCGCAACAACGAGCUUAAGCAGAAGGAGCUAAAGCGCCAAACGGAAUUGAAGCGGAAGCUUAAGCAACAAACAGCCGAUUUGAUUCGCAUUAAAUCCAUUCGUGCUGAGCUGGACGACGAAGAAGAUGAACUGAACGACCUGAAGAAGCGCCGCAAACAGCGCGCCGAGAAGGCCAAGUUCAAUCCGAAACGUUUAGGACGACACAAAUUCGAGGAGCCGGACCUGGACGUAAAUAUGCCAGAGGAUUUGGCCGGAAAUCUUCGCAAUGUCAAGACCGAGAGCAGCUUACUAAAGGACCGCUUCCUUCUUAUGCAGCGAAACAAUAUGCUGCCCACAACAAAGGCCGUCGGGCGCAAGAAGGCCAAGGUUAAACGCUUUUCUCGCAGCUCCCACAAAGAACCUGGCGUCAGCUACCAAGAUUUAAGGGAGCGUCGUAAGGCGGCGGCCGCUGUAGCCUCUGCGAACUCUGACACCAUCAAGAUAUAAGUUGGAGCUUUAGUCAGUUAUUAGUUUUUAUUAUAAUAAGCCUUUAAACAUUGUUAGAAUGUAAGACCUGUAACCGAUAAUUGAAUUGGUCAAGCUAAACCGUUUAAAAAUCAAAUUUUGUACACAAAACCAUUAAAGCCCUGAUUCCAAGGUUUAUUCAAUUU